GGGAUUUGGACCAAAUUAUUCUGUCUUUUUUUAUCUGAUCGAAUAUUAUGUCCUAACCUAAAAGAAAGUGUGAUAUUCGCUCAAAAGAAAAUCAAACAAAUUGCAAAAGUAAAGUAGGAAAUAAUAAUAUCUCUUUUUGCAACGGCUAUAAACAGUAACCUGUUAGGUGUUAACAGAAUAUCAAGUUUUAGCUUCCCAUGCAUAGAUGCAGUUACUUCCAUGGCCAAACCGCCUCAGAGCUCUCCUCUUAUCCUGCACGGAUAAGACCUCCAUAGCUAAAGUCCAUGCUCUUAUGAUAUUGACUAGUACCGUCGCCGAUGGAAGCUCCAACGCUCGACUCAUAGCGUCCUACGCACGUAUUGGGGAUACUGUAUCCGCCCGCAAAGUGUUCGAUAAAUUGCCUCAACGAAGCGUGAAUGCAUGGAAUGCCAUGAUAGUCGCGUAUUCUCGGCAAGAUUAUCCGUCUCAAGUUUUAAGUUUAUAUCAUCAGAUGGUAGCGGAAGGAGUUAGACCUGAUAGCUCGACUUUUACUGUCGCGAUUAAGGCGUGCACAAGCAUGUUGGACUUGGAGAUUGGUGAGGAAAUUUGGUCUAAGGCGGUGGGUUGCGGGUACGAACGUGAUGUGUUUGUGGGAUCAUCUGUUUUGAACUUGUACGCCAAGAGCGGGAAGAUGGGUGAAGCAGUGGUGGUGUUUGAGAAGAUGCCUAGAAAGGACCUUGUUUGUUGGACAACAAUGAUAUCAGGGUUUGUGCAGAGUGGAAUGCCUAUGGAAGCAGUUGAGAUGUUUAGGGGAAUGCAACAUGAGGGAAUCGAAUUUGAUGAGGUUUCGAUGAUGGGGUUGGUACAGGCUUGUGCAAGUCUUGGGGACUUGAGAAUGAGUCUUUCUGUUCACGGGUUUAUGAUUCGGAGAGGUCUUCGUAUGGAUGUUAUGGUUCAAACCAGCCUUGCCCAUAUGUAUGCAAAGAACGGGCAUUUGGAGCUAGCUUAUAGGGUGUUCGAUAGGAUGCCUUACAAGAAUGCCAUUUCAUGGGGUUCUUUGAUUUCCGGCUUUGCUCAAAAUGGCUUCGCAGGGCGUGCACUCAAAAUGCUAGUAGAGAUGCAGGGCAGUGGACUUGAACCCGAUUCAGCGUGUCUUGUGAGUGCACUUCUAGCAUGUUCACAGGUGGGGUUUUUGAAAUGGGGUAAAUCCGCACAUGCAUAUAUCUUGAAGAGGCUUGAUUUUGAUGAAGUUUUGGGUACUGCAGUGAUUGACAUGUAUUCGAAAUGCGGAUCCCUUUCUUACGCUCGUGCUCUCUUCGAUCAGAUUGUUUCCAGAGACUUAAUCUCGUGGAAUGCUAUGAUUGCAAGCUACGGAAUUCAUGGUCAUGCAGAGGAAGCUCUAGCCCUCUUCCUCCAGAUGACGGAGACAAACAUAAAGCCUGAUCAUGCUACUUUUGCUUCUCUUCUUUCAGCCUUCAGUCACUCAGGCCUCGUACAAGAAGGCCGGCAUUGGUUCGACAUUAUGGUCAAUAAGUACAAAACCACUCCGGAGGAGAAACAUUAUGCUUGCAUGGUUGACCUACUGGCUCGUGCUGGACGAGUGGAAGAGGCUUAUGAGCUAAUAAAUUCUGUGAAUACUGAACCUGGCCUUGCUGUUUGGGUUGCCCUCCUGGCAGGUUGCCACAAUCAUAGGAAGUCAUCGAUUGGAGAGGUCGCGGCAAAGAAGAUCCUCGAGUUGAAUCCGGAUGAUUUAGGAGUUUACGCUUUGGUCUCGAACUUCUACGCAAUGGCGAUGAAGUGGGAUGAUGCAGCAGACAUGAAGAAGAUAAUGAAACAAAGACGAACAAAGAAAGUGCCAGGCUAUAGCGUUGUGGAAGUGAAUGGAGAGCUACAUGCUUUUCUCAUGGAAGAUAAGACACACCAACAUCAUGAGGAUAUCAUGCAAAUCCUGAAUAAGUUGGAUCAUGACAUGAGAGCCAUCGGAUAUGUGCACAGGAAUGAAUUUCUGUUGCACAAUUCGGAAGACAAACAUUCCUUCCAGCAAAGAAAAUUUAUCGAAUUGCUCUAA